GACAGAAACCCACUUUCACAUACGUAUCCGAAUUCUUGUUCAAGCUACUGAACCGCAACGAUAUGCCCAACGACAAUCAUAAUCAACCUGACAAUGAGCUCGACAUGUUCGAAGCUUUUGCAGCACAAAUUUUUGGAGGAACUUUCAACGUCAUUCAAGAUGUCUUGAGCGGUGGAUCUGGACACAUUGUAAUAAACGACAGUCAAACAACUGCCGGUCCUCCUACAUGGGACGAUGGCAGUGAUUUUCGAAAACUUGCCAAGACAAAGCGUAGAAACGACCAACCUGUACUUGAAGAAGAUAAGGGAAAUGAGGAGCUUCGAGAAGAUGUGAGCCCGAGGUCUUGGCGCUCACCUAUCACUGAGCAGGAGCAGCCUUCACAGUCCGUCAUAUCCACCAAUGCUCGCCCUACAUCGCUAUUGGAUCUCCUUUUCAGAACUCAUACAGCCUUCCAAAGUCAAGGUGACUCGGCUAUCCUUGGUAACGGGGAUACGGAAGGAUCGAGUUGGAAUUUUUCUUCAUCCUCUUCAAGAACAAUUUCGCUCCCAGAUGGCUCUCAGGAAACGGUUAUCAAAAAGUCAGUCAAUGGAGUCACGGAGACAAUCAGAAAGGUCCAACAUCCUGACGGUACCACGGUAGAGACCAUUGAGCCAAGCGUCAAGGGCCUAGACUGGAAAGCACCUUUACAGUCAAUUGAACAAAAGGUGAACAGGGCUUGGGAAGAUUCGCAGCCUGAGAUCCACCAGUCCAUGGCAGAAUUGGAUAAAGCGGCAUCAUCUUUGUCCAAAGCAUACACUGGUAUUCGGGAAGGCAUUGCCAAUCGAUUUUGGAACGCGUUCAUAGGAGAAAAUCCAAAGGAAACAAAAGACAUUUUUUCAUCAGAUCAAAAGUAACUUUUCGUCCAUCUGAUAUUCAUUUUGUGAUAUUUCAAUAUGACAAGCAGACAUUGUACCAUAUUUUUUCAAACAAAAACAUAAUACACUCCUAGCAAACCCUUUUUCGCAGCCAGCAUCACAAUCAAUUAUCUCUCUCUCGCCUAUUUUUUAGUUACUUUUAUUACAAAAGGUGG